CGAACAUUGCCUACGCCCACUCUUUCCCUUUCCUUCACUUCUUAGCCUCUAACUUCAUCAUGUCGGUUAAACCUUUCCUGGCACCCGUUCACAGCACUCUCGCGACGUACCGAGAGGAUAUCUUCAAGGGCAAGGUGCUUUUCUGCACUGGUGGGGGCUCGGGCAUAUGUCGUGGAAUGACCGAGGCCAUGAUGAGACACGGUGCCAAUGCCGCCAUCGUCGGCCGCAAGCUCGACCGACUCACUCAGGCUGCUCAAGAGCUUUCUGCGUCGACGGGGUCGAAGUGCAUCCCGUGUCAGGGUGACGUGCGCAACCCCGCCACUCUCAAGGAAGCAGUUGCCAAGACGAUCGAGACGUUUGGGCGCAUUGACUUCGUCAUCUGUGGUGCUGCUGGCAACUUUCUUGCCCCGAUCUCUGGGCUGUCCGAGAACGCCUUCCGCACAGUCAUCGAAAUCGACACGAUAGGCACCUACAACACCAUCAAGGCCACCAUCUCUCAGUUGCGACAAACGAAGGGCGCGUACAUUCAUGUCAGCGCUAUGCUCCACUACAAGGGCACGCCGUAUCAAGCACAUGUCUCCGCUGCCAAGGCUGGCGUAGAUGCACUUUCCGCUGUGGUCGCUGUAGAAGAAGGACCGCACGGCGUUCGCUCCAACGUGAUUGCUCCUGGACCUAUUGCCGGAACCGAAGGAAUGGAUCGACUCGAGGGCAAAGGCUCGCAGUCUCGAGAACUGAUGUACCCGCUCGGUCGCAUGGGUGCCAUCUCGGAUAUCGAGAACGCCACCGUUUAUCUUUUCAGCGAGGCAGCAUCCUAUGUUACUGGGCAAAUUCUCUGCGUCGACGGCGGAAACGAGCAUGUUCGCACGCAGGUGGUGCCGUACCCGCUGAGCGUUCUGGAGCCAGAGAAGGUGAAAAGCAUGAUCAAGGGGAAGCUCUAACUCCGUUAACUGCGCUAUCCAUGACUUCCCGCAUGUAAUAAUCUAUGGGGAUGCAUAUUCUGCGUACUUGAAUCACAGUUCAAUGAUCCCCAUAAACAUUCGGUUUGCGCCCACGUGACCGUAAAGCUCGACAAACAUGGAAGAACGGAACCCGUCCUUAUAAUAAAACAAGAGUAAAGUCGUAGAUAUGUACAUGAAACCGGCAAAGAUAAACCAGGCUUGUCGUGAUGUUUCGUAAUAUAUCAGCGUCGCGGACAAGGGUGAGAUCGAUGGCCACAGCACAAGGAUCGUGGGACCCUUGGCCAUAUCUCAUCUUUAUGGUGGGUCCAUUGGCGGAUAGUUCUGAGCACGUUGCAGUCGUAUCGACUCUCUCUCCGCCUUCCUGGCAGCUCUAUCCGCACGGAGGAUAGCGCGGUUCUUCUUCUGUUCUAGACGAACCAGCUUCAUCCGCUCGUACGUGUCACAUAGUUCGAGCAGGCGGAGUUUUUCGUUAGAGGCCUGCCGGAGCAGUCAGACAACCGUUGCUUCUCAGGGAAAAAGAGAAGGGCCGAAUGCCAACCCACAUAAAACCUCGAGACAAGGCAGUCGAACUUGUCUAUGAACGCACAGAACUUCAAUAUCUCGGCGUCGUAGUUCUCUACGCGCGGAGGUUUGCGCAGCAUAUGGUCUGCGAAGCGGAUGUACUUCUGGAGAUUCCUGUUGGCUGCGUGAGCAAGAGCGAUGUGAAGUGCUCGGACGCACGCACUUGACAAGCGAAUCUUCCAGCGCCCUUCUCUUCUGGUACCAGGACGACGUCUCUGGUGGUUUAUACUCGAUCGGCACCACGACACUCGCGGGUAUGGGGGCCAAGCAUUGGAUAGCAGCAGCGCAAAGUUUUACGUUCUCGGAGAACUUCGGGUGGUCGGACAUGGUAGCCACCGUUUCGAAGAGCUGGGAGAGGAAAUCAAACCCUCUGACUUGGCCGUGGCAUCAACAACCAAGCGCGUGACUUCCUCGACAUCGACCCGAACGAACCUGGCAGUCUUGAAUGAGUCGACGGCCUGCGCGAUCUCCUGCGGGUCUGCUGUGGUUCUAUACUCUGACUCCGAUUGUAUGAAACUGAGCUUGAAGGGAUUGAGUCCGCCAAGCGAGCUCAGAGCGUCCUCGGAGGGUGUAGGGAAUAUGCUUGAGAGCCGAUCCAUUAGAUUACAGUAGCCGCAUUCAAAAACGUGAGAUGAAGGAGGACGAGCGUUAGAGGAGCAGUAGUGCGCAGGACAUGCGGUUG